AUGACUAAAGAGUUUGAGAUGACUGAUAUUGGGCUCAUGACAUACUAUCUAGGCAUUGAGGUGAACCAAAAGAAAGAUGGAAGUUUCAUCUCACAAGCAGGUUAUGCAAGAGAGAUAUUAAAGAAAUUUAAGAUGGAUAACAAUAAGUCUAUAAAUACCCCAGUAGAAUGUGGAGUCAAGCUAUCAAAGCAUGAUGAAGAAGAAAAUGUUUAUCCAACAUUUUUUAAGAGUUUGGUUGGCAGUUUACAAUACUUGACGUGCAUAAGGCCUAAUAUUCUUUAUGUUGUUAGACUUGUUAGUCGCUACAUGGAAGAUCCAACUACUACCCACCUUAAGAUCGCUAAGAGAAUUUUGCGCUAUAUCAAAGGUACAAUAGAUUUUGGAUUAGUUUAUUCAACAUCUAACCACUUCAAACUUGAAGGAUAUAGCGACAGUGAUUGGGGUGGAGAUAUAGAUGAUAGAAAGAGCACUAUAGGAUUUGUGUUCUUUAUGGGAGAUAUAGCUUUCACUUGGAUGUCGAAAAAAUAA